AUGGGAAGAAGAAAAGUAGAGAUCAAACGAAUUGAGAACAAAAGCAGUCGACAAGUCACCUUCUGUAAAAGAAGAAAUGGUCUCAUGGAGAAAGCUCGUCAACUCUCAGUUCUCUGUGAAUCCUCCGUCGCUACUGUUAUCGUCUCCGCUACCGGAAAACUCUAUAGCUCUUCCUCCGGAGAAAGCAUGGCCAAGAUCCUCAAGCGUUAUGAAAUGCAACAUAAUGAUGAACUUCAAACCUUGGAUAUUGCGGAAAAAACAGAGAAUCAUCUUUCACACGAGGAGUUACUAGAAAUAAUCCAGUGCAAGCUUGAAGAAGCGAAAAGCAAUAAUAUAAGUAUAGAGGCUCUAAUCUCCCUGGAGGAGCAGUUCAAGACUGCUCUGGAUGUAACUAGAGCUAGGAAGACAGAACUAAUGAUGGAUCUCGUGAAGAGCCUUGAAGAAAAGGAGAAGCUAUUGAAAGAACAAAACCAGGUUUUGGCUGACCAGCUAACAAAGAUGGUGAAGAAGAGGCUUCUGGGAAGAGAGGAUGAGAGAGUUAUGUCACUUGAAAAUUACGCCGGCAACAUCCCACCGGAGACUCUCCCGCUGCUCAAGUAA